AUGGCCGGCGGGACUCGUCGAGCUGCAGCGACCAACGUGAUUCUCUUAGAUGACGAAGAUGACGAUAACGAGGAUGACAAUAACGUGGAUGGCGUUGACGAGGAUGAGAUUGACGUGGUGGAAUGGCGCGGUGGCGUGAAGGAUACGCGAUCGUUGAGGACAAGGCGAGUGGAGAAGCCGUUGGGGAAUGAUAGAGCGGCAAGACGAGCGCCAGGACGCCUGGGUUCGCAUCAUUUCAUGACAGCAUUUCUGUUCAAGUCCAUGUCCAUCUUUCGCCCCGCUCCUCCCCUCAUCGUCCUCUCCUUCAUUGUCCCACACACAGGCGAAGCUUCAAAGAAGCUUCCACCCUUGUCGGGGUUUCAAGCGCAGCGCAACCGGGCAACGAUGCAAGGCCGUGGGUGUCAGCCCAUGGGCCGGCCGGCAGAUUACGUCCCUUCCCUCCGCGCCGCCGCCCUCCUUCCUCCUCACAACAAAGCACCUCCUUCUCAUCAUGCCACCACCAGCACCAGCAACAGCCAGCAACGUGUUGGUGGUGGUGGUGGUGCCACCUCUUACUCUCUCGCCAACCAAAGGGAGCCACGAAAGCGUGGGGCCGUUGAUGCUGAUCCUGACACGCUGCAGUGCGAUCUGAGCCGUCGGUCGGCCGGAGCUGCGCGCGACCACACGGAUGGCAGCGAAGGGGGGUUGUAUGCACUGUGGCAGGGCCUAGUGAGCGAUGCACCCUUGCACACACGCGGGGAUGCACAUGCACAUGCACCUGAUGCUGCUGCUGCUGAGGGGACUCGUGGUGCUCGUGCUCGUGCAGAGGGUGCUGGAAGUCGAAUAGCUGCUGCUGCUGCUGCUGCUGCUGCUGCUGCUGCUGUUAAAAUCCCCGUGUGCAGAGCCCGUGGUAUUGCUGAUACAAGUGGUAGGGGUGAGAGAGGUGGUGGUGGUGAUGAAGGUGCGAGUGACAGAUGUGAAAGAGGAGAUAGAGGUGGAAGAGAUGGAUGGGGUGGCCUGGGUGGGUUGGCGAAGCUGAAGGGUGUAACGAAUGCAAAGGCAGCAGCAGAAAGGCCGUUGGGUAAAGGCGAGCUGGAAGGCAGAGCACCGCGAGGGAGGGAAGCUGGAGGGAGAGAGGGUGGGGGCGACACUGAUGGGAGAUGCGGCAGACGGGAACAAGUGCGGCAGGCCAGAGAUGAGCCCGAGGCACAUGGGCGUGGUGGAGCCCGGGAGAGUGUUCUUGAGAAGCCUCAGAAAGGGGCGGAAGUCGAGACUCUGGGCAGGAAGCGUGAUAGGGUUACCAGUGGAGGCGGGUCUGAACGGGCACGUGGAGAUGACUUGUCGGGUGGGGCGAUAUCGGACAGAGGGUCGUUGAGGGAGGCCACUGGAGAGGAUGUGGUGGCAGGUGCGCCAGCCGGAGGGCUGAGGCAACGGCAGGGAAUCGGUGGUGCUGAAAGGGGUGGAGAAGGGAAUGCCGAAGUCUGUGAGGGAAAGGGUGGAAGAGAGGUGGGUAGGAGAGGGGGUGUUGUGGUAGGAGGAGGCGUUGUGAGACGGGGUUCUGUGAGAGUUGGUGGUGGAGGAAGUGGGGGCGCAGAGAGACGGGAUGGGGAGAGAGAGGGUAGUGGGCAGGACGAUUUGUUUAUGAAGAGGGGGGAGGAGAGUGGGAUGCAAGUGGCGAGCAGGCGCGGUGUGAGUGGGCGCGUGCAGAGCGGCGGGCUGUUGGAGAUGUUUGGCGUGGCGGAGGUGGUGCCUUCCUCCAGUGCUGAGGCGUCUGAGGAUGGGAGUAGUGGGGAGGACGGGGAGGAGGAUGUGGUGGAGGUGGAGGUGGUGGAGGAGGGUGAAGAAGAGAAAGGAGAGGAAGGGGAAGAGGAGGAAGAGGAAGAGGAGGAGGAAGUGGAGGAGGAAGGGGAAGAGGAGGAGGUCAGAAGGGUUGUGAGGGAUGGAGAGAGAAGAGAUGGAAGGAAGGGGGGCGAUAAAGAGCACAGUGGGCGUGGGAGUGGUAAGGGAAGGGAGGUGGAGGGAGGUUGCACGGACAAGGAGCGGGCCAAGCAGGACGCGCAGCAGGAAUGGGGGAACUGGGAAGAGAUGCGGCAGCAGCAGCCCAAGCCGCAGCCCCAGCAGCGCAAGCAGCAGCAGCCCCAGCAGCCCGAGCGGGAGCAGCGCACUGCGUUUCUGCAAGCAUGGGUUGCGCUGGCGCGCACGGCAGAACCUGCUGCCAUCGAUCAGAGUGUGCAGGAGUUCAGGGCGAGGAAACAGCAACCCUCCGCUCUCCCUGCUGCGCCCUCUGCAUCGCUCUCCACCCCUAACCGCAGGAGGGCAGCGGCGCUGCUGGCAGCAGCGCAGAGGAAGUGGCUGGCGGAGUGUCGGCAGCAGUUUGAGGCGUUUGUGUUUCCGGCGACGGGCACGGACAGCGUGACGGAAGAUGUGGAGCGACUCAAGCCAGAGGAGUUUCUCAACGACACGCUCAUUGACUUCUUCCUCAAGCAUCUGAAGGUGCAGGCCAUGGAGCAGCGCCGCAUCGCCUGCUCCCUUGCUGCACCCGACCAAGCACUGCCUCCACCACCGCCGCCAGCAGCAGCAGCAGCAGCCGCGGCAGCAGGUGAGGGGAGCAGCAGUGGUGUGGGCGCAGGCAGGGAUGGAAGCAAGGAGGUACCAGCGGCGGCACGAGAGAAGCCCGGCAGCACCACCACUGCUGGCACCAAGGCAGGUGGGGCACGGGAGCCCCCUCCCUCUGUGCAUUUCUUCAACAGCUUCUUUUUCAAGAUGCUGAUCGGUGGGGAGAAGGACGACCCCUUUCUUUCCACCCAUGCCUCUGCUGCUGCCGCCACACGUGCUGCUGCUGAUGCUGCCGCUGCAGCGGUGGAGGCAGCAAGGAGGGGUAGAGGGGGGGAGGAGGAGGGGAAGGCGGCGCACUGGCGGGUGCGCAAGUGGACCAAGGGGGUCAACCUUUUCGCCUGUGAUUUCGUCUUCAUCCCUGUCAACCUCAGCCCCUUCCCUCCUCCUCCCCAUCCCCCAGCAUCGUCCAAACCUCCUGUUUCUCUACAGCCAGCCUCUGUCGCCCCUGCUUCCUCAUCGCCUACCGAUGAGCCUUUUCCAUCUCCGCCCCAUGAUCCACCUCCCACAUCCUCGUCUCACCACCCUGGUUCUGCUGCAACCUCUGUGCACGAGGCUGCUGCUCCCACACCCCCCGGCCACGAGGCAGUGCCGUGCAUUCUGCAUUUUGACUCGCUACCCGGGCUGCACCUGGAUGUGGAGGAGGCCGUGCGCACGUACCUACAGGAGGAGUACCUCGUGCGCCACAAGGUGCCCCUCACGCCAGCGCUGAGAAAGGCCUUCAUCCGCCUUCCUGUGUUUCGCCCCAAGGUCCCCCAGCAGCCGAAUCUGAGUGACUGCGGGGUUUUCCUGUUGCUCUACGCACAGGAACUGCUCUCCCACAUGCCGCUCACAGUCUGUCGUGCGCCUGCCUGCGAGCAGUGCAAGCAAGUGCUGUCCUUCCCUUGGCUGACGCCCGACUCAGCGAAGCCCAUGCGGGCCGCAAUCCGGCGCACGGUGCUGCUGCGAGCCGGGCUGGGGGAGCUGGUGGGGCGGGAACCGCAACGAGAGGAGGCUGUGGUGGGGCGGGAGAAGCAGGGACGGGCAGAGGGGCAGAAAAAGGGAACACACGAUAAGGGCCAGGAGCAGCAGCAGGAGCAGAAUAGGCGCGUGACUCGAAGUCGCAGCUUGCAUGCCAUCAUGUCGAGCCAGGAAGGAGGCCUGUCGGUCAUUGCGCUUCCUGACAACGGAGGCCCUUUGAAGCAGAGCAGGGUUGGUGGGAAGAGAGAGAGGCUCCUGCAAACGGUGUUAGAGGAGGGCGGGAAGGAGGAGGAAAGGGAGGAGGGGGAUGUGGUGGAGGUGACAGCGGUGGUGGGGAAGAGGGGCCGGGUGGGAUUGGCGGGGAAUGGCGGGAAGGGGUGGGCGGAUGGGGGUGGGAAAGAAGAGAGGGAUGGGCAUAGAGGACAUGUUUCUCGGAGCUGGUUGUCUGACUUGCUGGAUGAGGUUGAUAUGGAGGAGGCUAUGGCGGAGGCAUUGGAGGAGGGGAGAGGAGGGAAGGGAGGAGUGGAGGAAAUAGGAGGGAAGGGAGGGGAGGAGGGAAAAGGAGGAAAGGGAGGGGAGGAGGGAGAAGGAGGGAAAGGACGGGAGGUGGAGAAAGGAGGGAAGGGAGGGGAGGAGGAGAAUAGGGGAAAGGGACGAAUAGAGGCAAAAGGAGGGAAGGGAGAGGAGGAGGAGGAAGGAGGGAAGGGAGGGGAGCAGGAGAAAGGAAGAAAGGGAGGGGAGGAGGAGAAAGGAGGGAAGGGAGGGGAGAGGAUGGUGAAACAGAAAGAAGAGAAGAAUGAAGAGGGGAUGGAGGAGAAGAGUCAGAGGAAGGCGGGGAGGACGGAAAAGGAGGCGGCGGUGGAAGAGAAAGGGAACUUGAGGAGUGAGGGGGAGGCAGGGAGGAGAGGCGGCGGUCAGUGGGGGGAGGGAAGGAGGAAGGUGGAAGGGGUUCGAAUGGGAGAGAAGAUGGAGGAGGGGAAGGGGGGCAAACAGAUGAGGUGUGUGAAGGAAGUGAGUAACACAGAGGUGGAGGAGGUGGGCAGUCUAGAGGAAAGAGGAGUGAAGGAACUGGGGAGGAGCGUACGAGAUGUAUGUGGAGAGGGGGAGGAAGUGAAGGAGGAGGGGCGUAUGGAAGAGGUGGGGUUGAGGGAUGGCGAGCAGGAGCGGGUGCCAAGGGGACACAGCAGAGAGGAGGAGAUGGGGGAGGAGGGAGGACAGCAAGUGACAGGCGAGGCGCAGGGAGAAAGCGGCAGAUGUAAGGAGUUGUCUAAGGUUCGAGUUAAUGCAGGGCAUGAGGUGGCAUGUGGGGAGCAUGAGCUGGCAUGUGAAGGGCAUGAGCUGGCACGUUAUGUGUUGAUGAGUGAUUCACCCGACGAUGAUGAUGACGCUGCUGCUGCUCUUCCUCCUCCGCCUCCUCCUGUUGCCGCUGCUUCGGCUGCCACUGCUGCUGCUGACGAUCACAAUGGUGGUAAUGGCUUUGCUGCUAACAAGGCGUGUGGUGGCACCGGUGUUACUGCUUACAAGCGGCGUGGUGGGCUGGGGGGCGAACAUGCUGCUGUAGCAAGGAAGCCUGGUGAGGGUGGGAAGGCAUGUGGUGGUGGUGGUGCGGCUGCUACUGCUGCGGCUGCUAGUGACGAUGGCAAAGGUGGUAACGGCGCUGCUGCUAGCAAGGCGUGUGGUGGCAGCAGUGUGAUUGCUGCUAGCACCGGUGCUAUUGCUUACAAGCGUCAUGGUGGGCUGGGGGGCGAGCACGCUGCUGCUAGCAACGGUCGUGUUGCUGUAGCAAGGAAGCAUGGUCGGGGUGGCAAGGCAUGUGGCGGUGAUGAAGCAGGAAGUGAGGAAGAGGAACCCGAGGGAAAGAAGCAACGGGAAGAGGAAAGAGAACAGAGGGAAGAGGAGGAGGGUGUAGCAGGUGCAGUUUGCAACAGUGACUCGCUGCUAGGUGGAGCUGAUAAGGACGAUGGGGGAGAGGGAGGGGAAGAGGGUGAUGGGGAAAGUAAGGGCGGGCAAGGGGGUGGAGGGGUGUGUGGGAGCAGUGAGGGCGGUAAGUGGGAUGAUGCGUCUGUGGUUUGCAUCAGCGACUCUCCUGAGGAGCAGGCGGACGAGGAGGGGGGAGAGGGAGAGGAGGAGGGAGAGGAGGAGGAAGAGGAGGGAGAGGGGGAGCAAGAGGAGGGGAGGGGUCAAGAGGAGGAGGAGGACGAGGAGAAGGAGGGGGGGGAGUUGGAGGAGGAGGAGGAGGACGAGGAGAAGGAGGGGGGGGAGUUGGAGGAGGAGGACGAGGACGAGGAGAACGAGGGGGGGGAGUUGGAGGAGGAGGAGGAGGAGGAGGAGGAGGAGGAGGAGGAGGAGGAGGAGGAGGAGGAGGAGGAGGAGGAGGAGGAGGAGGAGGAGGAGGAGGAGGAGGAGGAGGAGGAGGGGAAGGGGGCGAAGGCAAAGGGGAUUGGUGGUAGGGAUCAGCAGCAUGCUGAUUCGGGCACCGCUUCAGGUGCCGCCGCAGCAAAGGGAGCAAGUAGCAAUGCUGAAGCUGCUGCUACCGUCAGACGGGGAGGUAGGAGAGAAGGGGUGAGAGAAGGGAUGAGAGAAGGGAUGAGAGAAGGGAGGAGAGAAGGGAGGAGAGAAGGGACGAGAGAAGGGACAAGAGAAGGGACGAGAGAAGGGACAAGAGAAGGGACGACAGAAGGGGCGAGAGAAGGGGCGAGAGAAGGGACAAAAGAAGGGACGAGAGAAAGAAGGAGAAAAGGGAAACGGUUGAAGAUUAAUCAAGAGGCAGAUGAAGCAGGAAGGGAGGAAGAGGAACCCGAGGGAAAGAAGCAACGGGAAGAGGAAAGAGAACAGAGGGAAGAGGAGGGAGAAAAGAGGGAAGAGGAGGAGGGUAUGGCAGGUGCAGCUUGCGGCACUGACUCACGGCUGGCACAUAGUGCAGCUGAUAAGGGCGAUGGGGUGGAGGGGGGAGAGGGAGGGGAAGAGGGUGCUGGGGAAAGUGAGGGCGGGCGAGGGGGUGGAGGGGUGUGUGGGAGCAGUGAGGGCGGUAAGUGGGAUGAUGCGUCUGUAGUUUGCAUCAGUGACUCUCCUGAGGAGCAGGCGGAGGAGGAGUGGGAGGAGCAGGAGGAGGGGAAGGAGGAGGAGGAGCAGGAGGAAGAGGAGGAGCAGGAGGAGGGAAAUGAGGAGGAGCAGGAGAAAGAGGAGGGGAAGGAGCAGGAGGAGGAGGAAGAAGAGCAGGAGGAGAAGGCGGGGAAGGAGAAAGGGAAGGUGGUAGGGAAGGAGGAGGGGAAGGAGAAGGGGAGGGAGGAGCGGAGGGGGAAGCAGAAGGGGGUCGGUGGUAGGGACCGGCAGGGUGCGAGGGACAUGUGGGGCGAUCUGGACUUGCGCAGUGGCUUGGACUCUGCGACUGGGCUGCUGUCCUCACUGCAGAAAGGGGUUGCGAGCGCACCCACCCACACACCCACCCACACACCCACCCACACACAGAAGAGGGUAGAGGGGGCUGAAGAUCGAGGGAGGCGCCAAGGGCCAUUCGAAGCACCUGGGGCACCUGAAGCACCUGAAGGAGCUGAAGGGGUACCUAGGGCACGGGGGGAACCUAGGGGAACAAGAUUCGUGAGGAAAGAGGGGCACGAUGGGGAGGAUGGGAAGGGCAGCAGAGAGGCAAGGCGUAAGGGAGGAAGGAUUGAGGUUCCGAAGGGAGUGGGGCGGGCAAGAGGACGAGCAAGGAGGCGGGGUAGAAUGCAGGAGGGCGAUGAAGACGUGGAAAUAGUUGGCGUGGGUAUGAGUGGGAGGAUGGGUGGGCGCACUGCUGGGAAGGAGUUAGAUGAGGAUUGCGAUGUGGUGGGCUGCAAGGGGAGGAGGGAGGAUGGAGCGAGGGAGGGGACAGGUGCUGAGAUUUUUUAUGAGGAAGGUGAGGAUGAGAUGGAAGUGGAGGAAGUGGGAAAGGAGGUUAAGGGAAUAACAGGGCAGGGGCAGGGAUGGAAGGGUGGAGAGCGGGAGAGGGCGGAUGCGGGGGCCAUAGUGAGGGGGGUGGAUGUAGCAGAGAAGAAGGGGGCGCCGACUCGCUUGGCAGGGCAGCUUGGGAAGGGAGUGGGUUGCAUGGGCGCAGGAGAGGGGGGGUGUGAUGUGGGUGUGGUGGAUGGGGUGAGUGGAACGAGUGUGGGGGAGGAAUCGGAGGAAGAGAAAGGUGAAGUGAGAGAGGGUGAGGAAGAGGAGGAGGUUAAAGUAGUGGUGUCAGAGGAAGGGGAGAGAGGGGAAAGUGCCCAAGAGGAGGAGGAAGAAGCAGAGGAUGAUGAGGAGCUGGGGGGACGGGAUGAGUGGAGGGAAGAGGAGAGCGAGGAGGAGAUGGGAGAGGAGAGAGAGGAGGGAGACGAGGGAGAAGAGCGAGAGGAGGGUGAGAAGGGAGAGGAGGGAGAGGAGCGAGAGGAGGGAGGGCAAAGAAAGGAGGGAGAGAAGGGAGAGAAGAGAGGGAUGAGAGGAGUGAAAAGAGGGUGGGUGGAGGGUGGCAAGGAGAGCACGUGUGUGGUUCAGAGUGGGGCUUACAAUGGGCAGGCGAAGCACAGGGAGGUGAGGGCGAUGGAGCAGCGGAAAUGCCACCAUGCUGAACAGGCAUCCGUGCAGCGCAUGCAGGCAGGGGCACAUGGGGCAAGGCAGGCCGAGUGCCAAGGGGAGAAGGCGCAGGGAGGGGAGGAAGGACGGGGAGGAGAGGAGGGGCGGGGAGAAGGGGAGGCGAAGACAAGUGGAGAUGUGGUGGAGGUGGCAAGCACACAUGCGAUUACCCUCAGCAGUAGUAGUGACGACAGUGAUGGGCGCGCGGGGCGUGGGGAGCGUGAGGAGAGUGAGGAGGCAGUGGCGAGCCAAGAGAGCAGAGGAGAGCACGGCAGCAGCAGCAGCUCUGACUCCGAAUCUUUGAGGGAUGAACGGAGAGUGGGGGACGACAGGAGGUGUAGGGUGGUGGAAGGGAGGGAGGCAGAGGGUAGGAGCGGCAGGGAGGGAGGGAGGCAUGUGACAAGUCCAAAGGAGAGGUGGAGACGUGAGAAGCAGGGCAAAGGCAUGGCAGCGGGAGGUAUUGCCAGGCGGAGAAAGGUGCAACAGUUACAGCAGCAGCAGUUGAGGGAGAGGGAGCUGAGGGAGAUGCAGGGAAAGGGAAAGCGAGUGCGCUCACAGGGAGGGUCGCAGCUGCUCUUGUCACCUCGUGAAUUUCAGUCCCCUUCGCUUGUAUCCUUUGGCAUGCAGUCGCUCUCCCUUCAAUCACCUGCGCCUGUGCGCGUGUCACACCCUGUACAGUCACAUGUACCCAGUGAUCACCCCUCUCACCCCCCUCACCCCUUGCACCCUCCUCUCUCUUCUCACCCCGCGCAUCGCCCUCACCCCACUGCUGCUACGUCGGACCCGCGGCGGUCGUCACGGGUGAGCAAGAGGGACGAGCAGAAGCAGCAGCGGCUGGCAGAGAGGCGGCGAGAAAUGGGCGAGGAUGUGAGGAAGCGGCUGGACGACCUGCUGGAGCGAGAGAGUGACAGAGAGAGUGAGUGA